AUGGCAAGUUCAAGUGGGGUAACUAGUGGGGUCAAUGAGGAUGUCUACAGUUUUCAGUUAGAAGAAGAGGACUUGGAGGCGGUUCCAGUAGGAAAUGAAGGAGAGGAAGAGGGCAUUGAUGAUCGAUGGUGUCUCGUAGGAAGGUUUUUAUCAAAUCGUAUGAUUGAUUUUGAUAAGAUGCAGAACAUUUUGGCUUCGUUAUGGCAACCGGGGAUGGGAAUGUUUGUUAAAAAACUUGAUGACAAUCGGUUUUUAUUCCAAUUCUAUCAUGAAGUUGAUAUAUUAAGAGUCAUUAACGGCAGUCCGUGGACGUUUGACAGAAUGCAAUUGAUCAUCCAACGAUUGCCUGUAGGGGGGGAUCCGCAUUUGAUACAACUUAAUCACCUUGACAUGUGGAUCCAAAUCCAUGAUGUUAAGCCGGGAUGUAUGACAGAAGGGACUGUGAAAGGGGUGGCCAACACGCUAGGAAAGUUCAUAGAAUCGGAUCCAAAGAAUUUUAUAGGUGUGUGGAGGGAUUAUCUCAGAGUGCGGGUUACUUUGGAUAUUAGGAAAGCUCUACGAAGGCGUAUAAAGUUAACUCGGGAUGAUGGUAGCUGGUUUUGGGUACAUUUCAAAUACGAAAGAGUUCCCACUUUUUGUUUCAUUUGCGGGUUAAUUGGGCACUCGGAUCGAUUUUGCAGUAGGUUGUUUCAGCAGCCUAUAGAUCAAAUUGUUAAGCCUUAUGGAGAUUUCAUGAAAGCUUUGCCACAAAAAACUCACAAGAACAUCGGGGCGAGAAGGUUGCGUAACAAUGGGUGGAAGUCGGAGGUGCACACCAGAUUUAGAAAGAAAUCAUACAACUCACUCAGCCGAAAAUCAUGCCUAUGCAAAUCUGUUACAUCAAGGAGAAAAUCAUGGAGUUGA